AUGUGUUUGCGUGAUAUCGAGCCAGCAAGGCGCCAUCAUGCGGGGCAUAUAAACGGUGAGGACUUGAGCAUUCUCAGGCUGUUAAUCUCGAGUUUGCAUCUCGUCUUAGUUUGUUGUGUUUGUAAAAUCAUGGCCACAGUCCCUCAAGUCCGCAGAGUAGCUGUGAUUGGUGUUGACCCAGCUAGUAUUAUUGCUACAGAUGCUCUUGCCAAAGAACAGGCUUUUGAUGUGGUCAGAGUGUUUGAUAGGAGACCCAUAAUUGGGGGUACAUGGGUCUACACACCUCAUCUCCCGGCCGCCAUCCCCUCUCUUCCGUUGUUGUUGGCGGAAAGGUAG